CUCAGAGCAUAUAAGAAGCAGGCGAUUCAAGUUCAAAUCAUUAUUAACAGAAAUUUUGCGCGAGCAAGACGCUCUGAUCGAACCUCCUUACAAAAUAAAUAAAAAUGAAAAAGUACUCCAUCCUCGGUAACAAGAAGAAAGUGACGAUGGAAACAAAUCCGACCAGUCUGAAAGUGGUUGGUAACAAUUGUGUUGUGAGAGUGAAAAUAAAUCAAGGUGAAAUCGAAGUGAUCGGUAACGAUUGUCAGAUAGAAGUUGGCGAUAAUUGUGGUACCAUCAGCUUAGUCGGCAGUGGUGGUAGAGUGAUCAUCACGAAACGAUGGAAGGGCGACAAAGUGUCGACGGUUGGACCUAACUGUCACCUCAUGGUGGAUGGCAAAGACCGUACAGCUCCAGCGUAUGAGGCUCAGCUGUCACCGUUUAGCAAAGAUUUGGAUGACGUCAUCGAAUCUAUUUUCUCAUUCGUUAUGCGAUGAUCAUUUAAAUACCGAAAGGAGGCUUUAAUUGCUUCGCUGUGAAAUUUUCUAAAGUUUUUCUUCUGGCCAAUGGUGUUACGGACAUUUUAUACCGGAUAUUCGGUGGACGUUUGAAUCUGGUUGAAGUGAAAUUGUGCUUCGGUAAUUUAUGCAUCAUUAUUGAUGAUGAUUGGGAUUAGAAUUUGUCGUUAUUGAUUGUCUAGUUUGAAUCUAUUUAUAAGAUUGUUUAAUCCCCGUUUUUUGUGGAGAUAUUUAUCUACAAAGUAAAAGAUAACUGUAAUAUUUUUUAAAUAAAUGUUUUUUUAUAUCAA